AUGCAGGACGAUAAAAAUGCAAUUUUUCAAAUGCGUUUCCCACAAAAGCUGUGGUAUUUACUGAAUUUACGAACUGAUGCCAUAUUAUGGGGUGGUACUGGAAGAACCAUUUUGUUGAAUUACCGCGUCCUCCAUAAUUACUUACAAUGUGAUCAUUCAAUAUUUAAAACUACUAACAUUUCAAGCUUUGUGCGACAACUUAAUUUAUACGGCUUUCGUAAAGUUACUUCACAUUUACAAGAUCCUCUUUGUAAUUCAAGUAAUCCAUACAUGCAUGAAUAUGUUCAUGACUACUUUCAAUACGGGCGACCUGAAUUACUCAGCAAAAUAACACGUAAAGCAUUGGCAAUGAAAAGGAAUUUUAAACCAAAGAAUUUGUACAGCAAUGUUGAACAAUUACUUUACCUAACACCACUUCAAAAGGCUCGCAGAGCCCUACAUAUAGCAUUAAAGAAGGCUGCCCAAGAUUUAUAUGUACAAAGUUCACCAAAGGAAUUCUGUAAUUUGAAGUUUGAAUGUGACGAUUCCCAAGAUGAUUACUGUGAAGAUGAUGAGAACAUAGAACUCGAUUGGUUAAUGACCAAUGAUAACACAAGUACAGAAAAAGCUCUCCCUGAAACAGCCACUGAUCCUGUUCCUAAGAUUGAAAUUACAGUUUCUAUGAAAGAAGAGACACACAGCUACAGAAAUACAUCUCAAGAUGCUCUGAUGAACUUCAAUGAUGAUACAUGUCAGCACAGUAAUGACAACUUUGCAGCACCAUUUCUGAGCAUGCCAGACCUUGACCCAGAACCCUCUGGAGAGAACUCUGGUGUUGAGUUAUUGGGAGAGUUUAAUAUCGACAAUGAUGCUGAUCAGGACAUUGCUAGAAAGAUUGGAGAAAAGGAAGUAGAUCACAACUUCUUGAAUUGUGUCCUUCCCUCAAUCAGUACAGACCACAUUGAUGAUGUCUCUAUGUCUAUGACUGAGAAAAAUAAUGAUGAUUCAGAUCAUUACCAUGGGGAAUGGGACCAAAUGUUUAAUGAUAUUAUGACCAAUAAAGGAAACAAUCAAGAGUGUGGCUCUGAUUUAAAAGAACUCUACUGUCAAAUCUCCAAAACUAUAGACUUGUUAAACUCUUAG